AUGGAGCAACCUGCGAGCCCACUGAACAUUGUGAUAGUUGGUGGCUCCUUGGCCGGCCUGAUGUGCGGGAUUGCUCUGAAGCAUGCAGGCCACACCGUGACUAUUCUUGAGAAAGACGACAACGAACGACAGAGCCAUAUGGCAGGCGUGUGUCUAGGAUUGGACGCCAAGGUCAUCCUUUCUCGCCAUGACCGCAUCAUCCAAGAGCGUCCCACGGUAGAGUUCUCCCACAAGUCGACUAGAGUACAGGCUCUCAAGAACGAUGGGACAUGCCAGGUUUACGUCAAUGGGCGUCGCGACAUUACCAGCUGGGAUACGUUCUCCUAUUAUCCAUCGCCUCCGAGACCGAGAUCAACGGACGGCACGGUCGCAUACAAGUACCAGCAAGAGGUCUUGGGCCUUGAAAGAGCCGAUGAUGCUCAGAUGGCCUUGACAUUUAUCGAUGGCGAAACCCAGCAAACAUCACGUAUACUGGCAGACUUCGUCAUUGGCGCCGAUGGGCCCGACUCAUUGAUACGGUCGAAGUAUCUGCCCAACGUACAGCGCCGCUACGUAGGAUACGUAGCUUGGCGUGGGACAGUGCCUGAGAGCGAGAUAUCGCCAGCGACGCGCAGCAUAUUCCAACGGAGCGUCACGGUACACAUGAUGGAUCAACAGCACUGUGUCAUGUAUACCAUUCCGGGGUCUAAAGGAGCUCUGGCUCCUGGCGAGAGGCUUCUCAACUUCCUGUGGUACACGAACGAAACCCCACAGGAUUUGGAGCUGAUCAUGACUGGCAUCGAUGGAUAUCGCCACCAUAAUAUUGUUCCGGCUGGACGUGUCCGCCCUGACGUCUGGAAUGCACGCCUCGAUCGGGCCAAAGCUUUGCCCCUAGCCACAGAGUUCCUCGAAGUGAUCAUGAAGAUCCGGCAGCCAUUUAUCCAGCGAAUCACGGAAUUCUGUUCACCCAGCACGGUGUUUGAAGACGAGCACUACCUCGACAUCCGCACCGACUACCUCUCAGCAAGAGCCCCAAUCCAAUACCUCGCAAUUAGCCCCAUAGCAUCCGACGUUCAGGAGGUUGAUGUGAUUGUAGCCGGAGGCGGUACCGCCGGCUGCAUCGUCGCGGCCAGACUGGCCGACGCAGAUCCUGACCUCUCCAUCCUCGUUAUUGAGGAGGGUAGCGACAAUCUGGGAAACCCAAUGAUCUCCCAUCCAGCCUUCUGCUACACCCACGUGUCUCCUGGAGGCCAGACCACUAGGUUCUAUAAAGGUAUUAAGGAACCUAAUGUUGCUGGCAGAGAGAUCAAUGUCCCCUCUGGAGCCAUUCUUGGCGGCGGCUCUGCCACUCAUGGCUGGUCAGCUGAUGACAUGCUUUACUAUCUGAAGAAGUUUGAAACUUACCAUGGCCUUGGGCAGCAAGCCCAUCAUGGCUACGAUGGCCCAAUCCAUAUAUCAGAUGGUAGGUUCAGGGCCACCAGGUCCACUGAGGACUUUAUCGCAGCCGCCGGCCAGUUAUUAUGGCCAGAAAUCGACGAUUUGCAGAGCAUAGAGACGAAUAAUGGAGUCCAGAGAGCCAUGCCGUACGUCUCACCUCAUAAUGGUAUACGACAAGACGUCGCCAAUAGGUACCUUCGCCCGAGGCUCCAGGACGGCAAGCACCCUAAUCUGUAUGUUCUUAUUGAAACUCAAGUUGUCCGGGUUCUUUUCGACGGACAACGGUCUUCUGGUGUGGUAUGUCGACCGAACCCCCGAGUCCAACCAGAGAAUACGGGUUCUCGCCUCAUAAAGGCCAGGAAGAUGGUGGUCGUUUCCUGUGGCGCCUUCGGAACACCACUGCUGUUAGAAAGAUCGGGCAUUGGCAAACCAGGAAUCCUCAAUCGGGCCGACGUGCCGCUCGUUACAGAUCUGCCGGGCGUGGGUGAGCAAUACCAGGAUCACCAUCUGCUUCUUUACCCGUACAAGACGAACCUUGACCCCGGGGAGACACUCGACGCGCUGGCCGGCGGCCGGGUUGACCCCGGAGAAUUAAUGAAGAACAACGACAGGAUUCUGAGCUGGAACGCGCAGGACAUCACCUGCAAGAUCCGCCCCAGCGCGGCUGACGUCGCUUCUCUAGGGCCUGAUUUCAAGACAGCCUGGGAUCGGGACUUCAAGGACGUCCUGAGUAGACCGCUGGUCCUACUAGCCUUGCUCAAUGUCUUUCCAGGAGAUCCAACUUCCGUCUCAGCCGGACAAUACAUCGCCGUAUCCACAUUUACUGUCUAUCCUUACUCGCGUGGUCAUAUCCACAUAAGCGGCCCCUUGCUGGAGGACGAGCCAGAGUUCGCCAGCGGCUUUUUUUCAGAUGUCGCAGGGCUGGACAUCAAAAAGCACGUAUGGGCCUACAAGGCCCAGCGCGAGAUAAUCCGACGCAUGAACUGCUACCGGGGCGAAGACGACGCUAACCCAGCUUCCCCCACGCGUCCCAUCACUUACACGGCCGAAGACGACGCCGUGCUGGAGAAUUGGCUGCGGGAGAACGUCAACACCACGUGGCACUCCCUCGGCACGUGCCGGAUGGCGCGGGCGGAGAUGGGGGUAGUCGACCCGAGACUGGGCGUGUACGGAGUCAGCGGCCUCAAGAUUGCCGACAUGAGCAUCGCGCCGCAGAACGUGGCGGCGAAUACGGCCAGCACUGCGCUGGCCAUCGGCGAGAAGGCGGCUGAUCUCUUCAUACAGGAGCUGGGCCUGGCCAAGCAUUAG